AAGAGAAGCCAGAGAGAGAAAGAAAGACAUUUAACAUGUAGUUUUGUCAACAGACAGCUUAGUAAAGUCACCAGUUUGUGGAUAAGACGGUUUAAAAAGGACGGAGAAGACGGUGCAUCCAGAUUUUCUGAUCAGAGUUUGUAGAGCAGCUGUCUACUUCACCGUCCGUCCGAGACGGACGAAGAGAGAAUGAAGAUCUGCUCACCGGCGUGAGCUCCUGGGAUGCUCGACCGACCUGCACCUCAUGCUUUUCUAAGGCCUCCAGAAGCUAAACACAGGGUCUCAUUGACAGACCGAGUGACCCCUCUGCGCUGCCACCAUGGCGAUGGUUCAGGCUCUGCCCAUAUCUGCUGAGCCCCACAACCCCGGCCUCAGCGGAGGACCCCGCAGGAGACACGCCUCCGGCUCCUCCCCGCCCAUCCCCGCCCCGCCCUCCACUCUGGAUCCUAUGGGUUCUGUCAGCAGCCUCAUCGCCUCCCGCCCCGGCCCCUACCAGGACCCCCGGUCCGUCGUUGAGCUGGGUGCCAGGGUCCGACGGCCCACCCCGGGCGCCCCCUGCAUGCCCUCCGAGUCGCCCCUGGACUCCUUGUUACUGCAGAGCCUCCCGCCACUGAAGAAACAGAGCUCCCUGACGUCCAGCAGGGCUCCAGAGAAGGAGAGCGGGAACGGGAACUACACAUAUCUCAAUGAGGACUAUAUAGGUGACUGGAAUGAUAAUCAUGUGACACAUGCCAGCCCAGGAGGUGACAUAGACGAGAUUAAAGGAUCUGGGAUGAAUGGGAAUAUGGGGGGACCUCCUCCAAAACUGAUCCCGGAGUCAGGAAAACUGGAGAAGAACAUGGAGAAAACAGUGCUGCGGCCCACUGCCUUCAAACCUGUCAUUCCCAAGAGCCGUACCUCCAUGCAGUACCUCUCCCCUCGCCACUGUGCCAACGCAUCAGAAAGCCAAAACAACCUGAACCUGCUGAGCCCCACCCACGUAGAGGCGUCGCCCUCUUGCUCUGAGAAAAGCAGCUCGUAUACUAGCAGGAUCCGUAACAGCGGCGGUGGGGGCGGCAGCCAACUGACCGACUCCGGACGCAACUCCCUCUCCAGCCUGCCGGCAUACAGCGCGGGCGGCUACAGUCUGGCAUCAGGAGAGACCGCCGCGGGCCACCUGGAGCCCAUGAAGAACGCCCCGCCCGUCAGCGGACACGGACACUCAAACUCGGACAGCGGGCGCUCGUCCUCCAGUAAGAGCACGUGCUCCGGCUCCAUUAGCGGCCGAGGACAGCCUCUGUCGGACUGCGGGUCCAGCGGGCGCUCCCCGGGCCCCGUGGAGGGUUACGAGGGCGUGGUGAGGGACCUGGAGGACAAACUGAGGGAGAGAGAGCUGGAGCUGCAGCAGCUCCGAGACAAUCUGGAUGAGAAUGAAGCUGCAAUUUGUCAGGUUUAUGAGGAGAAGCAGAAGCGCUUCGAGCUGGAGCUGGAGGAGCUGCGGCAGGGCUGCGCCACCAGGAUGCAGGUCGCCUCACAGAAGGCCCAGCGUGCUCAGCAGGUGCUUCAGCUGCAGGUUUAUCAGCUGCAGCAGGAGAAGAAGAAGCUGCAGGAGGACUUCGCUCAGCUCCUGAAGGAGCGGGAGCAGCUGGAGGAGCGCUGCACCUCCUAUGAGCACGAGAAGAUCCAGCUGGGGCCUCGACUGGAGGAGAGCAAGUGGGAGGUCUGUCAGAAGUCGGGGGAAAUCUCGCUGUUGAAGCAGCAGCUGAAGGAGGUCCAGGGGGAGUUAGCCCAGCGUGUGGGAGAGAUCGUCUCGCUGCGGGGUCAGCUCCGAGAGGCUCGCGGCGAGCUGACAAACACCCAGGUCCUGCUGCAGGAGGCCAACGGCACCACCCGCACACGAACCCUGGAGCUAGAGGUGUGCGAGAACGAGCUUCAGCGCCGCAAGAGCGAAGCGGAGCUGCUCAGAGAGAAGGUGGGACGCCUGGAGGCCGAGAUGGCUCACCUCCGAGAUGCUCUGGCCAGUCAGGGCCCGGGGAACAGACAGUGUCAGGUGUUCCAGGAGGCGGAGGAGCACCUGCUGGCGUAUGAGAGCGACGAGGCGAAGGCGCAGCGGCAGAGCAGCACGGAGGCUCUGCAGAACAUGAAGACGCAGAUGGACAGGAUGAGGUCCGAGCUGGCCUUCGAGCGCCAGCGGGCCGAGCAGCAGACGGGAGGCUUCGAGGAGGAGCGGCGGAUAUGGCAGGAGGAGAAGGACAAAGUGAUCCGCUACCAGAAGCAGCUGCAGCAGAACUAUGUGCAGAUGUACCGCAGGAACCGGGAGCUGGAGCAGCUGCUGCAGGAGCUCAGCCACGAACUGGAGAGCCGGGAAGAGGACGAGGGCAGCGGCAACGAGAUCAACUUCGACGAGAUCGCUGCGACGGAGAUUUGACCCUCAUGUCUUUCCAUCUUUUGAUUUGCACUAUGUCCGCUACACGUUUUAUCUUCACCCCUUCACACCGCAUCACAAACACGUUUAUGGAGCUCUGAGAGGAAAAUGAGAAAGAAAAUCCUCUAUUUUCUAAGUCUGAACUAAAGUGUUUUCUCUCCUGAGUUUGUGACUCACAGGUGAAAAAUAGGUUUUUCCAGGAUAAUCUUUAUCAUUUUUAAUCCAAAAAUGUAUCCGUAUGGAAAUAAGUUUUGCCAAUAUAAUGUCAUAAGGAAUACUUUUUCAAUAUGACAUUAAGAGCACUUGGAGAAAUUAAAACUCACCUGUAGUUUUGUGUUUUUUAGAACAUGGGCUAGUUCUUGUGGCAGAACAACAAGAAACAUUUGGAAAAAUGACCGUAAAAAAAUUACUAAAACAUUCUUUCCAUCUGCGAAACAAAACUACUUAAAGCAUCUACAAGAAACUUUGAUUUCAUGUUUAUUUUGGUGGCCCCUGGUGGCAAAAGCAAGUUUUUCCAUCAGCACCAGACUCCAUUUAGAAAACCUCUAAUUUUACUGCUGCAGGGUCUGACACUAGUUAUUAAGAAUACCUACUUAGAAAUAGCCAAUCUUCUUACAGAUGGUCUUGUUUGAGGCAUCAAUAUUAAACUGCUUUUUGUUCAUAAUCAGUUAAAAGUUUCUUGUAGUUUCUUUAAAGAUUAUCCUGGCAAACCUUAACAAAAACAAAAACACCUUUUUAAAGUUCCUCCUAAUGAAAAACAGAUUUGGACAACCUACACUUGGUUUAGGGCUUCUGAGAGCCAAAGACCACACGUUUUCAACAAAGUAUAACAUUAAUAUCUUCUAUAAAUAAACGAAAAAUAUUUUUUUUUCGUGCAGCCUCUGCCAGCAGGGGCUCUCUGGAUUAAAGAGGAUAGAAAAGAAUUUGGAUCAAACAGAGAAAAUAGAUCAUCAGAGUCUUCUUCCUAACUUUCCUCUCAGGGUGUCCGUACAGGUUGGUAUCACAGAAACAUCUGCAGUGUAAAACCAGCCACACUUUAGUUCUGCCUCACUGGUCUGUUCUCCAAGGAGUCCCACUUAAAAGCCAAUAACCUCUAUUAGUCGUUAGUAGGCCACCUCAGUCCUCCGCCUCUCAGUUAAUGUCUCAGACAUCUUUUCCCACUUACAGGCAUUUGUGGGAGGUUUUUUUUUUGUGUGUGUGAGUAAGUUUCCCCUAACCUUUCACUCUCCUCCUCCUGACUCCACCUUCCACGCUGGGUUUAACGCUGCAUGCCCACUCUGUGUUAGCAGUCAGCUGUCAUUAGUACAGUUAGUAUAUCUGGAGCUUGUUGUGUGUAUGAUAGUGCGUCAUGAUAAGAGUGAAUGAAUCAGACGGAGGCGAUAAAGACGGUGGUAGCACUCAUCACCAACGGUAAAUGUUUCUAAAAUAUGUUCUACUUCUGUCAAACAAAAGCAGAAAAAAAUAUACAAUUUUCCAACAAUCGAUAACACAAAUUUGAUGUUUUUAUCAUAUUAAGUGCAGUUUGAGGGCAACAAAGUCCUUCAAUUCUCCUCCCAUUUUCUGGACAUUUUACCCUAAAUGGUAGAAAUUAUAUCAUAAACAUCUGUACAGUCACACAGUAACAUCUGGAUUAAAUAUGACCAUAUAUAACACAAUCGAGUGCACAUGUUUGGUUUCUCCUGCACCUUUCAGACAAGGCAGAAGAUUGGAGAAAUGCCUUUUCUGUAAUGUAGAAGUACCACAGUAUGAACUAUGAUAUACAGGUACAUCUCAAUAAAUUAGAAAAUGAUGGAAAAGUCCAUUUCCAGUAGUUCAAACCAAGUAUUGAGUGCAUAUAGAUGGACAUACUUUUCAGAGGACAACAUUUACAUAUUGAACAUACUUUUUAAAAUUGGUCUUUUGUAAUAUUCAAACAUUUUUGAGACACUAAAUUUUAGGUCUUCAUUAAAUGUAAGCCAUAAUCAUUAUAAUUAGAAGAAAUUAAUAAAUUAAAUUAAUAAAUUAAGACAUGAAAUGCUUCAUUCUGUGUGUAAUGGAUCUAUAUAACGUGUUAUUUCAACUUUUUGAAUUGAAUUACUGGCAUAAAUAAACUUUCUAUGAUAUUCUAAUUUAUUGAGAUGCACCUGUACAUAGAGUCAUGGAAAAAAAAAUAAGGCCAUUGUUCAUUUUAAUGUCUGGUACAAUUAAAGGUACAUUUUUUGGA